AUGAAGUUUUUGGAAGAGUUGCUGAGAAUUUUGGGACCUUCAGAACUCAAAAAAUCCAAGAAAAGUAAAGGAUUUCCAGUACUAAAACUUCCGAUAGUGGUUUUGGAAAUGGUUUUGAAGCAAUUGGAUCCUGUGGAACGAUUCAAGUUCUCCGUUCUCUCAAAACACACAAACCAUUUAUGCAUCAAGUACACCUCAAAGGGCUCCGAUCGAAUUAUUGGAAUCACUUGGCCGCCGGGCUUAUCGAUUCUUUGUGAAGAUGAGAAACUUGUCACAUUUGGUUUUCAAGAGAAAUCGAAUCGGACCAAUAGCAUCAUGGACCAAAAUGUUGACUCAAAUGCCACGUGUCAUUCAAAAGGAGGAGAGGAUUAUGUUGUGUAUAGUGAGAACCCACUGGAACAAGCGAUGAAAUGGGCCAAACAUUUCAAUGAUAUCUUUCAAUUUAACCAUAUUCUAGUCCAAAUUAAUCUAUCUGAAAUGGUCGACGACUUUUUCGAAAUUUACAAAACAUUGAUGGGACCACGGGUGACACAUCUUAAACUAUCUGGAACAUCAGCGGAUUGUGGACAACUUCUGGAGCUAUUAACCUCCGUUCAAAUCGAAGUUUUGCUAAUCCGCACUUCGAUUUCCGGAAAUUUGAAUGAUUUCAAAAAUUUUCCAUAUCGAUUGCCUGUUUUACGAUGGGAGAAACCCGAUGGGAUCACUAUCGAGAACAUUUUGAAUAUGGAUUGUGACUUUUCGGAUCUACGAGACUCCAAAUUUACUGAUGAGGAGCUGAAUAUGAUUUUUCAUGAAUGGAGAAGUUCUGGAAACAAUGUGAAGCUGAAAUCAUUAUCUAUAAAAAGGAAUUACAUCCGAGAAAAUGUGAAUUAUGAUGUGAUCUACCAAGGGAUGGAAAACGAGAAUCAGGAUCUAAUGUUGAAACGGAUAUUCGUUUGGAGAAAUGAAGCCGGAAAUGAAUGUGAGCUGAUACUUCAAGGAGGAUUCGAUGUCACGAGAGAUGAUGGAAAAACGCUGACCUGCUUCACAAUGGUUCCACGAGAUCAGGAUCUGGAGGAUCUGAAUUGGCAUUCUAUUAAUUUUCAUAAAAUCAUGUCCCCUGAUCUCUGGAAAAGACUAAAAGAGCAUUUCAUAAAACCCUCAAAACCAGAAUUAUUUAAAAAAUCGUCAGUACCAACUUUUCCAGUGCUAAAACUACCGACUUUAGUGGUGGAUAUCGUUGUGGCUCAUCUGGAACCCACUGAAAGAUUCAACUUCUCCAACCAAUCAAAAUACACCGCUAUUCUCUGCAAACGGACCAUUCCAAAGGAUCAGAAACUGUCAUUGAUGUUCAGUUAUCCACCGGCUCUAUCAAUCAUGUACAAUGCCAGGGAAGCCGUGAUAUUCAACUUUUAUUCAAAAUCCAUCAGAACAGACAAAGACCAAAUGCUUGGCCUUGUUGUCAACCAGACUGUGAACAAAAAGUCAGAAUGCGUUUUCAACUUAUCCGCGAAUCCAAAUUGUCCUGAUGUGUACCAUGUGUUUUGCAAGAAGCCAGUCAAGGAGCAAUUCGAAUGGGCGAAACACUUGGGAACUUUCUACCAUUUUGAUAAUAACCAAUUGAAAGUUUCUUUUUGGAAAAUGGAUAAGAAAUUUAAAACGUUUGUGGAGACAUUCAAAACUACUUUCGACUCAACCACAUUUCAACUUAUCAUUGGUGCAGAUUGUGUGUUUCAAAAACCAUUGGAACAUGUUUUUGAUAAGCUGAUUGUUCAACAUGGAACCUGGAUUCUUCCACUAAUGACGCUUAAGUUAAGAACUCCACGAUUGCACUUCUACAGAUUAGAUGUGUCAACUAAUAUCGACAUCAAGGACAUUCGAAGAAUGAACUCUGAUUAUAUCGAUUUGAGAAACUCAACAAUCGAUGAUGAAGACUUGAAUGAGAUGCUGGUGGAAUGGAAGAAUGGACAACUGGAAAACCUGAAGUCGCUAUCAAUCCGAAGAAACUAUAGUUACGAUGCGGUGGCGUUCAAUGCUCUUUUUGUUGAUUUCCUAUCAUUACCGAAGCCAACAUGGGGAAGCGCUCGAUACUUUGAUUGGUUCGACGAUGAUGGAAAAGAAACGAAGAUCCAAAUUAAUAUUGCUUAUGACUGCGUCAGAGAGGAUGGGAAGGUCCUGACCACCUUCUUUCAGAUGCCUCCAGAUGAUGAAGAACAAACGUGGCAUUCUUUGAACUUCCGUGUCACAACUCCAAAUGUCUAA